AUAAGCCCCUAGGGUUUCUCAUUGCUGUUGGUGACCUAGAGCUGUUUUCUUCUUGCGGCUCCGAAUCUUUUCUGCUAGUCGCCGAGUCUCUUCUUCGGUCACCAUGGGGAAGACACGUGGUAUGGGAGCAGCUCGCAAGCUGAAGGACCACCGCAGAAGGCAAAGGUGGGCUGACAAGUCUUACAAGAAAUCUCAUCUGGGAAAUGAGUGGAAGAAACCAUUUGCUGGAUCUUCCCACGCAAAAGGCAUUGUUCUUGAGAAAAUUGGUAUUGAAGCCAAGCAGCCUAACUCUGCCAUUAGAAAGUGUGCUCGAGUUCAGCUUAUUAAAAAUGGAAAGAAGAUUGCUGCCUUUGUGCCAAAUGAUGGUUGCUUGAACUACAUUGAAGAGAAUGAUGAGGUUCUGAUUGCUGGAUUUGGUCGUAAGGGACAUGCUGUUGGUGAUAUUCCCGGAGUUAGGUUCAAGGUUGUGAAGGUCUCAGGCGUGUCACUUUUGGCUCUCUUCAAGGAGAAGAAGGAGAAGCCAAGAUCUUGAAUUUCCUAUAAAAUGUUUUGUCUGUUGUGCUACUUAAACGUUUUGAUUUGCUACUUAAACGUUUUGAUUUAGAGAUUUUGUCAGCAUUUUAUUCCUCCAUUGUCCGUUCUCUUCUCCUUUCUAUAAUCAGAUGCUUAUGUUUUAAUGGAAA